ACCGUCUCAGUUGCCUCUCCCUCCCUCCCUCCCUCUCUCUCUCUGCGUCGAUCGGAGAGAUGGGUGUUGAUCUGGAAUCGUUGUCGGAGGCGACAUCCGGAGCCAUUGGAUCGCUUCUGAGCACGACAAUCUUAUACCCUCUGGAUACGUGUAAAUCCAAGUACCAAGCCGAAGCUCAAGCUCGUGGUCAGCAGAAGUACAGAUACCUCUCGGAUGUCUUGUGGGAAGCAGUUGCUAAAGGACAGGUUAUGUCGCUGUACCAAGGCCUGGGGACUAAGAAUCUGCAGUCCUUCAUUUCGCAGUUUGUGUAUUUCUAUGGAUAUAGCUAUUUCAAAAGGUUAUAUACUGAAAGGACUGGUUCGAAAUCGAUAGGGACUAAGGCAAAUCUGCUUAUUGCUGCUGCUGCCGGGGCUUGUACCUCUAUCAUCACCCAGCCUCUAGACACGGCCUCAUCGAGGAUGCAGACGAGUGAGUUUGGAAGAUCUGAAGGGCUUUGGAAGACCCUGACGGAGGGCACUUGGGGAGAUGCAUUUGAUGGCCUAGGGAUUUCUCUCUUAUUGACCUCGAAUCCUGCGAUUCAGUAUACAGUGUUUGAUCAGCUGAAACAGCGUCUCCUUAAACAAGCAAAGGCAAAAGCCAAGACCGAUUCUUCCCCGGAAGCCCUCUCCGCCUUCAUGGCAUUCUUGUUAGGUGCGGUUUCCAAAAGUAUUGCCACCGUCAUCACAUAUCCAGCGAUAAGGUGCAAGGUGAUGAUUCAAGCCGCCACGAAUGACUCAAAGGAAAAUGAGGCCAAGAAAGGCUGGAGAAGGAUCAAGAAAACAAUCCAUGGGGUUGCCUAUUCCAUAUGGAGAAAAGAAGGGGCAUUAGGGUUCUUCAAGGGCUUGCAGGCUCAGAUCCUGAAGACAGUUCUAAGCUCUGCCCUGCUUCUGAUGAUCAAGGAGAAAAUCGCCUCAACGACAUGGAUUCUGAUCCUAACUAUCCGAAAGUCUCUGUUUCUCACAAAGGGUAGGCUGAAAAGUCCAUGAUUCUCUGGGCUUGAUUUGCAGUUAAGAUCUCAGUUUAUCUGUCAGUGUCUGAAAUUCGGGGCAAGACAAGAACUCAACAAGAAGUGGUAUAUCCUCAUGUUUCUCCUUUCAAGAGAUUUCUGAAUUUCCAUUUGGUGAUGAUCACAAGGAUCUGAGGUUAAUGGGAGUUUAGAGAGAGAUC